UUCCGGUGUCACGGGGUGCCUGGGAGACGGAACGCAAAAAGCGGGCAUAACGAACAUAUCCCGUAUUUUCUCCUUGUAUACAUUUAAUUGCAAAAAAUAUAUUGGGACGACUCAAAACACUCUUACAACAUCAACAGGACGAACGGCAUAACAUUGGAUGUGCAAUUGUACUAGCAUAUCCUUAUUCACUCGACUUGCUAGCAUUAGCUCGCUACCACGACUCCUUCAAGAACAGGCCCCAGCCUGGACUUUGCUUUAUCUAACUAGCUAGCACAAUAUAGCACGUUUUCUUCGUCAAUGUUAUUGUCAGUUCUUAGUGUAAACUAGAACCACAUAUUUAUAACUCACCUGGAGUUGUUUAUGUUUAAGUGUGGUUUAUUUUGAUAUUUCUAAACCGUUGCAUUGGUGGUGUGUAGUUAGUUAGCACUUAACUAAGUGUGCUGUGCACUUUUUCGCUAGCGACCGCGCCGCAUUCCCGUCCAUUUUACAGUCAAAUAAGAAACCGCAAUGUCGGAUUUCGACGAAUUCGAGAGACAAUUGUCUGAAAACAAACAAGCUCAGUUGGUAGAGCAUGGCGCCAGGAUAGUGCGCUCGAUUCCCGGGAACACCCCGGAGAAGGACAAGGAGAACCGCCACCACCGUCGCUCCCCCUCUCGCAGCCGCAGCAGAGAGAGGAAGAGGAGGAGCAGAGACAAGGACAGACGCAGCAGGGAUCGCCGUGGAGACAGCAAGGAGCGCAGACCAAGACGCAGCUCACCAUCCCAACAACAACCCCAAGAGAUUGCUGUAAGUCGUUCCCCGCACCGUGAAAUCAAGAAGAAGAACAAAGUGAAGAAGUACUGGGACGUCCCUCCUCCUGGCUUUGAACACAUCAGUGUGAUGCAGUACAAAGCCAUGCAGGCUGCGGGUCAGAUCCCAGCCACGGCCCUGCUGCCCACCAUGACCCCAGACGGCCUGGCCGUGACCCCCACUCCUGUCCCUGUGGUGGGAAGCCAGAUGACCAGACAAGCCCGUCGGCUCUACGUGGGGAACAUCCCCUUCGGCAUCACAGAGGAGUCCAUGAUGGAUUUCUUCAACGCUCAGAUGCGUCUGGGCGGUCUCACUCAGGCUCCAGGAAACCCUGUUCUUGCUGUGCAGAUCAACCAGGACAAGAACUUUGCCUUCCUCGAGUUCCGCUCAGUGGAUGAGACAACCCAGGCCAUGGCGUUCGACGGUAUCAUCUUCCAGGGACAGAGUCUGAAGAUCCGUCGUCCCCAUGACUACCAGCCCCUGCCCGGCAUGAGCGAGAACCCCAGCGUCUACGUGCCUGGUGUGGUGUCCACAGUGGUGCCUGACUCAGCCCACAAGCUGUUCAUCGGGGGCCUGCCCAACUACCUGAAUGACGACCAGGUCAAGGAGCUCCUGACAUCGUUUGGGCCUCUCAAGGCUUUUAAUUUGGUCAAGGAUAGCGCCACAGGUUUGUCUAAGGGUUAUGCGUUCUGUGAAUAUGUGGACGUCAACCUGAACGACCAGGUCACCAUGGAGAAUCAGGCCAUAGCAGGACUCAACGGCAUGCAGCUGGGAGAUAAAAAACUCCUGGUGCAGAGGGCCAGCGUGGGAUCCAAGAACGCCACUCUGACGAGUAUAAACCAGACCCCGGUGACGCUGCAGGUGCCGGGCCUGAUGAACAGCUCAAUGACCCAGAUGGCCGGCCUGCCCACAGAGGUGCUGUGUCUGAUGAACAUGGUGGCUGUGGAGGAGCUGGUGGAUGAAGAGGAGUACGAGGAGAUCGUGGAGGAUGUGAGGGACGAGUGCAGCAAGUACGGCCAGGUGAAGAGCAUCGAGAUCCCCAGACCUGUGGAUGGGCUGGAGGUCCCCGGCACUGGCAAGAUCUUUGUGGAGUUCAUGUCGGUGUUUGACUCCCAGAAGGCCAUGCAGGGUCUGACGGGCAGGAAGUUUGCCAACCGGGUGGUGGUGACUAAAUACUGCGACCCUGACGCCUACCACCGCCGAGACUUCUGGUAGAGGAUGACGACAGAUGAAGAGAGCGAGGGGGGUGGAUUGCCCUAUUUCAAAUCGACCCUUAACCCCCCACCACCUAGGCACUUGUUUUGACCUGAAAAGGUGUGAGCGACAUAAUGUUUCACCUAGUCCAUCAGAAGGCCAGGUGGAGCUAAGAGAAAUACCCGGGGGUAGGGGCUAGGGAUCCAUUUGGUAUUGGGCAAAAGAAGGGAGAGAUGGAGAAAGAUUUGUAUUCUGACGAAAACCAAGAGGGUCAUGGGAGGGAGGGGGGGGGGG